AAGAGCAUUAUCAGAUUCUAAAAGAGUUUCCCAUUUUGUCCUUCACCAUUUUCGCAUAUCCACCAAAAACCCUAAAUUGUUGUAAAUUCCAACGACCUAGGGUUUUCGAUAAGAUAAUCCAUUAAUUUACAGGGUCUCUUUUCGUCGAUUCAGAAUCUCUGAAUUGGAAUUGGAUGGAUUUCGACGAGUACGAUUACCUGGAGAAAGCCGUGGAAGAAACAAACGGCCCGGCGAAGAAUGAAACUCCGGACAAGGGAAAUGAUCGAGAAAAGAGCGACAAGGGGCACCGAAGAAGAAACAGGACCGAAGACGAUGAAUUUGAUCUAGAAGAAAAGGAGAGGAAGAUCAGCAGCAAGAAAUCACGGAGUGAAGAUAAUGGGCGUGACAGAGAGAAGGAGAGAGAUGGGGAUAUGGAUAGGGAGAGGAGCUCAAGCCGUCGGAGUCGUGACAGAGAUUCCGACAGAGAGAGGCGGAGUGAGAGGAGCUCAAGCCGUCGGAGUCUAGAGAGAGAUUCGGACAGAGAGAGGCGGAGGGAGAGGAGCUCAAGCCACCGGAGUCGAGAGAGAGAUUCAGACAGAGAGAGGCGGAGGGAGAGGAGCUCAAGCCGCCGGAGUCGAGAGAGAGAUUCAGACAGAGAGAGGCGGAGGGAGAGGAGCUCAAGCCACCGGAGUCGAGAGAGAGAUUCUGACAGAGAGAGGCGGAUCUCGAGGGAUAAGGAUAGAGAGAGGAGAGAGAAAGAUAGGGAGAGGGAGAGAGAGAGGAGAGAGAGGGAUAAGGAGAAGGAAAGGGAGAGGGAAAGGGAAAGGAGGAGUAGAAGUCGGUCGAGGCUGGAGCACGAUAGAGAGAGGGAGUUGAUGAGGGAAAGAGAGCGGGAGGAGAGCAGGAGAUUCAAGGAUAAAAAAGAAGCCAUGGAGCCUGAAGCUGACCCAGAAAGGGACCAGCGAACUGUUUUUGCAUAUCAAAUGCCACUGAAGGCAACUGAGAGAGAUGUUUUUGAAUUCUUUUCACAAGCUGGAAAGGUGAGGGAUGUUAAACUAAUUAUGGAUCGAAACUCGAGGAGAUCAAAAGGAGUUGGGUAUAUUGAAUUUUAUGAUGUCAUGUCUGUACCGAUGGCUAUAGCUCUAUCUGGCCACCUAUUUCUUGGUCAACCUGUAAUGGUAAAACCUUCAGAGGCAGAAAAGAAUCUUGUUCAAUCAAAUACCUCUACCGCUGGUGCAGGAGUUGCUGGCCCAUAUGGUGCAACAGAUAGGAAGCUUUAUGUUGGCAAUUUGCAUUUCAACAUGACAGAAUUUCAGCUUAAACAGAUUUUUGAAGCAUUUGGACCUGUUGAACUUGUGCAACUUCCUACAGAUCCAGAAACAGGACAUUGCAAAGGUUUUGGGUUUAUUCAAUUCGCCCAACUUGAACAUUCAAAAGCAGCUCUAAGUUUGAAUGGGAAAUUGGAGAUUGCAGGCCGGACCAUCAAGGUAUCCUCUGUUACGGACCAUGUUGCGGCACAAGAUUCUGGAACAAAAACCGCUGAUUUUGACGAUGAUGAUGGUGGUGGUUUGGCUUUAAACGCUCAGUCAAGAGCAAUGCUCAUGGCGAAGCUUGACCGGAGUGGCAUAGCUUCAAGUGUUGUCGCCCCCCUUGGAGUACCUGCACUGAAUGGAUCAGCUCCUUUACAACAAUCUGUCACAAUGCCUAUCAAUCCAACAGUAUUUCCAAAUGCAGUUCUUCCUCCACAAGUUAUUGCCAUGGCUCCAGAACCUAUUGGAACCCCCAGUGAGUGUUUAUUGUUGAAGAAUAUGUUCGAUCCAGCCACUGAGGAGGAUCCUGAGUUUGACCUGGACAUCAAAGAUGAUGUAGAAGAAGAAUGUUCCAAGUAUGGGAGGGUGAAGCAUAUCUAUGUCGACAAGAAUACUGCUGGUUACGUAUAUUUGAGGUUUGAAAGUGUGGAAGGGGCAGCACGUGCUCAACAAGCGAUGCACAAAAGAUGGUUUGCUCGUAAAUUGAUCUCAGCCAUAUUUUUGCAACCUUAUGAAUAUGAUGCCAAGUUCAAAGGUGCUGUCUAACCGACUUCUCCAGCAAACCAAUAUGAAAUGUCGAAUGAUGCUUCAUGCAAAUCUCUCCGAUUUUACGCCAUGAGUGGUUGUCAACUGUUUUAGACUAAUCGUACUUUUUAAUUUUUGUUAUUGACUGCUUUUCAUUUGGGACAAUGGUGAUAAGAAUUAUUGUUAUAUUCGAUAGUAAAUGGUACCUUUUCCUUAUGUGCAUAUAAUUUUAUAGAUUGUCUUGACUUGGUA